ACUACUACUACUACUACUACUACUACUACUACUACUACUACUACUACUACUACUACUACUACUACUACUACUACCAAUACUGAAUGAGAUCUUAGCUAUUGCCGUGCGUGAGUUUGGCAGUCGUUGGACGGAGAGCCUCAUCGCCACAUCGGUCCCUCUGUCCAUCCUCAUCAUCAGACAGUCGAAAGGCUGGAACAGACCACUGCUGCGUGGGUGUCGAAGUGCGAUAUGUGGACAGCUCAAAUUGGAAGACGGGGAAGGCAGUUGUGUUCACCCGGCUCGACAAGCAGAUGCUGCAAGCGCUCUCACCAAGGGGAUGGCCGUAGAGAAAUGUGUGCUUUUCUGUACGCGGAAACUACAUGACUUGUAGUUUGGAAACCCUGAAUGCGAGUGUGACGGCAGAGCGGGUUUAGAAUUAUUUGGAAAUUGGAAAAGUUUUUAAAAACGGAAUAAUACCCUUCCCUAGAGUAUAAACUUGGAAGAAGACGUAAUUGUCUACCGAAUGAAAAGAAGAAUGAAAAUUUUUAUGCAUGUUUUCAAUGGAAUAUAACAGGACUUUUAAGGGCAUCUAAAACCAAUGAGAAAAAGGCAUGCUACUUGAGUAGUCAUUUUUACAAAGCAUAAUUUUUGUAUGCAGCCCGAAGGAAGUUCGUUCGAAAGCCGGCAUCCUAAUGUAAGUGAUUUAUUAUAGAAUUAUGCUGCAGGUUGAUUACUUUGACAACCCUACUUAAUUAAUCUUUUCGAAACGAAAACGCAUUUCGGAGUUUCAGUUGACAUUUCAUGAGUUGAGAAAGAGAGAGAGAGGAAUGCGCUUUAUUUUGAAAUCGUAAGUUCAAAAUUUUCAGCAAAAAAUUGGCUCCAUUCACUGUGGGUAGUAAAUAAGUUAAGAGAUUAUUCAACAGUCAAAGAAACGAUUAUUAUGGGGAUAGUUCAAGUCUGAGCUUCUGUAUUUCUGUCUCUUCGCACGUAAGAUAGCGCGCUAGGAAUGGCAAUACAGAGGCUCGAUAAGCCGAUGUGCGACAGGGUAUAAGACGGAAGUUGCGGCGCAUCGGGCGGGAAGACUUGGCAGACACCAGAUCGGAAUGUAGGGGAUGGGCAACGCCAUCUAGAAUUCGACCAGCAAAUUGCUUGACCGCAUUGAAGUUGGCCCACCUACUGUAGGGUUCGGCGCGUGUAUGGCACGCGAAGACGGGGUGUGCUUUGCCUGCCUUUGUGAACACACCCUUUUAAUAUAUGCUAGCGAACUUUGGGUUUAUUAGUUUCUCGUGGACUUUUGCCAAAAUUUACAAACGGGCAGUUUAGUCUUUGUAAGCGGAAAAGAAGGGUGAUCGGGCAUCGGAACAUUCUGUUUAUUUUUCUGAGCAUUCGAACUCGUGCAGGAACCCAGCUUCAGAGAUAGUGGUGGCGACAGAACAAGCGACAGUUAAAGGGCGUGUUAGCCAAUCAUCGACCGAUGGAGAUGACUGCGCAGGGCUCUGUACGCCGGCGCCAGAUCAAUAAAUCGAUUAAUUGAGUCCCCAUCCGAGACCGGGGCUUCGAUCAAUUCCCAGCCUUCGUUCGUGGGGUUAGAAUGGGGGAGCACAGAAGUGGUUACGGGAUGGAAAGCGCUGCAGAGUGCGCUGACACAAUCCGCCGCAUCUUAACAUCUGGACGGUCGGGUGCUUGACCCUCCUCCCGAAAAACCUCUGUCCGUUCUCUGUGGGCGUUCGAAGUUGACUGAACUUUGGGCUUUCAUUUGUACAGGACAAGAAGUGGUGGAAACGCAAUGCCGACAAGGACGAAUCAGCCAUUCCCCCCGUACACUUCGAUUUCUCCGACAUCAAGCACACCACUCUGUCAGAGCGCGGCGCCCUGCGUGAAGCCGCCCGCUGUCUACGCUGUGCCGAUGCUCCCUGUCAACACAGCUGUCCCACCCAACUCGACGUGAAAGCCUUCAUCCACAACAUUAGCAAGCGCAAUUACUACGGUGCGGCGAGUGUUAUCCUAUCGGACAACCCGGUGGGUCUGACUUGUGGCAUGGUCUGUCCAACCAGUGACCUCUGUGCCGGUGGGUGCAAUUUGGCCGCCACGGAGGAGGGCGCCAUCAACAUUGGCGGCUUGCAGCAGUUUGCGGUUGAGGCCUUUGCCCGAAUGAGCAUUCCUCAGGUGAGUGCCUGCUUUGGUGUAUUCGUCGGUUAUGAUUCUUGCCAGAUAUGGCGUCGGGUAUCCAUCUGGUGGAACAAACGUACUUGCUCCUUUUCCCAUCCGACUACUUCUCCCGCUCCUCCUCUUCUUCUUCUUCCUCCUCCUCCUCCUCCUCACCACCACCACCACCACCACCA